ACAACAGUAUUGGCAUCACAAUAUACUUAAAGUACCGGUACUUCUGCAGGAUUGGAUGCUGUUACCUACUAAUUGCAGAGAUGCAGCACAGCUUUAAGACAGGCCUAUGAUCUUCGAUCGGUAUGCAGUAUUGAAGCAAGCUGCUUUAGUUAGGUUAUCUGGGAGGAAAAGCACCAGAAGCAGGCCUACAGAUGCGCUGGUUGCAGCCGGACAGCCACCCGUUUCCGUGAUCUAGGGUGAUGUAUUACCGUGUUUCCAGCCUGUCCUAAGGAUAGAGGAGGCGCUGCAGACCUCGACUCUACAUCUGUAGUCGACGUGGUCCUCGCAAUAUGACGGCUUCUGAAGAUAUGUAUAUGCUUUACCGUGGACUUAUGCUUCCUAAGGAGACUCACAGCCUAGAGAGCUUGCAAUUUGCGCAGGAACUCGCAUUUAAGGACGAGGACGUCGUUUCUGUGACCUACCCAAAGUCAGGUACAGUCUGGAUGCAGGAGAUCCUUCCUCUGGUGCUGAAUGGGGGCGAUCUGACUCCUAUCCAAACCACUCCUAACUGGGACAGGGUCCCCUGGCUGGAGGAGAAACGAUUAGCAGUAGUUGUGGAUCAGAUGACAUCUCCACGAGCACUGGUCACACAUUUUCCUUACAACCUCAUGCCCCCCUCUUUCCACACCUCCAAAGCCAAGGUGAUCUAUGUCAUGAGGAAUCCGAAGGAUAUCGUAGUGUCCUCUUACUACUUCCACCAGAUGGCUGUGUUCCUGGAGGAUCCAGGAACUUUUGACGAGUUCAUGGGCAAAUUCCUGGAAGGCAGAGUGCUGUUUGGAAAAUGGACAGACCAUGUGAAGAGUUGGAAACACACAGAGCUGGGAGACAGAAUAAUGUACAUCACAUAUGAAGAAAUGGUUCAGGACCUGCCUGCAGCUCUCAGGCGUAUUUCAGAUUUCCUGGGCAGUAACUUGAGUGAAGAAACCAUUCAGAAGAUAGCAGAGCAUUGCUCCUUCAACACCAUGAAGGAAAACGGAAUGUCCAACUUCAGCCUGGUCAAUAAGUUAUACAUGGACUUUGACAAAUCUCCAUUCUUGAGGAAAGGUGUUGCUGGAGACUGGAAAAACCAUUUCAGCUCAGAGCAACUGGCCCGAUUCACAUCAGUCAUUAGCAAAGAGCUGGAAGGUGAGCGCUUCUCUCUGCCAUGGAGUCUGGAUUAAUCAACAGCCGGAGUGAAGACGGAGAGGCUCAUGGACAUUAAUUACUGUAUCUCAGCUGAGUUUGUUUUAAUGUUAAAAUAUAACAAAGCUUUUUAUUGACUUUUUUAAUCUGGUAGUUAUCCACCAGGAUUUCAGAAAGCUUCGCAAGAUGAACCUACACACAAUACCUAAGUAAUAUCUGAUAUAUAAAUGGUCAAAAUAUUAAUUUUCAUAGCUACCCAGUAAAUUUUAUUUGAUUGUAUCUUAGCAUUGAUCACCUUUUCAUCGAGUGAUUAACUUUUUAUAAUCAUCACAGCAUUUCAUCUUUUGAUUUUUGAAUUAUUACUGGGUUGAUGUACAUUCCUUCAGUAUCUCAGUUUGUAUUACAUUUUCCAUGCUUUUUUGGCCU